AUGAACAUGUUGGAAGUAGAAGACGACAGCUUUCACGUCACACGUGAAGGCUACUCCCAUCUGAGUGACUCAAAAUGGGAGGUAGUCGGCCGCAUGAGUGUGCUCAUGGGCGAACUCGCCAUCAGUGGUAUGUUGGAGUCUCUAAGCAGAGACCAGCAACAUGCUGCUAUCAACACGUUCCCACAAGGGGAACUUGCCGUCGAAAGACCGAAGAUGGCCUUGCUACAGCAGCAAGGCUCUCAUCAGUCGAUCGGCGGGCCGACACACACGCGUCUAUUCGAAAACUUGAAGAUCGAUAUCUCAAGGUACAAGGGAACAGAUGAAGAUUCCCUUUUAAGAUGGUUCGUCGAGUUAGACGACGCCAUCAGGGCCCGUCACAUCGAGGGUGACGGGAUGCAAUUCGCCUUCGCUGUGCUAAAUUUGACAGUACGAGCAAAGACUUGGACCUUAGGGCUCAAGCUUUACGACCCGAACGUGUUUGAGUCGUUGGAGGUCUUGAAGUCUCGGCUCAAAGAGACGUUUGAGCCGCCAAGAGCCGAGCUCAGAGCACGCUCUGCACUCUUGAGGCUCAAGCAAGGUAAGCGUGAUGUGCAUGAUUACGCACAACACCUACGCUACCUUGCGAGUAGCGUCACGGAAAACCCUGUUGAUGAGCACACGCUCAUUAAUGUGUUAAUCUACGGCCUUGUAGAUGGAUUAGUUAAGAACUACGUGUUCCGAGAGGACUUCCAUACGCUGGAAAAGGUGACAGCAUAUGCGGAACAAGAGGACUUUUGUCUGAGACAGGCUCAGACUAACUCGCGAAACUAUCGUCCGACGAUACGACAGGAAACAGGAGGUCCCGAACCAAUGGACCUCUGUUACAUCGAGAGCUAG